CAAAAUCACCUCUCUCUCUCUCGCGAAUCUUUUUUCGCUUUCAUACACAAAUUAAGCAAAAUACCAGCUACAACUCACACCGAUUAAUUGACGUACCAAAUCUUUCCUCUCUUCAAAACUCCGAGAUCCAACCGAAUCCGAACGAAUCCUUCCGCGAUCGCGAUAUGGAAGAUAAUUACGAUUACGAUCACGAUCGCGAUCAUCGACUUCUUCCUCCUCUUCGUCGGCUUCAGCGAAUCGGCGGUAAUGCGGAGGCGGCGGAGGGGCGGUUCCCGCCGUGGAGCGUGGAGGAGACGAAGGAGCUGCUUUGGAUCAGAGCGGAGCUGGACAGAAGUUUCUCCGAAAUUAAACACAAUCGGCUGCUUUGGAUUUCCGUCGCCGGAAGAAUGAAGGCCAGAGGCUUCAAUCGGAGCGACGAGCAGUGUAAGUGCAAGUGGAAAAAUCUCGUCACUCGUUAUAAGGGUUGUGAAACCAUGGAUCCCAAAGCUCCAAAGCAACAAUUUCCAUUCUACAACGACCUCCACGCCAUUUUCGCCGCAAGGAUGCAGAGAAACUGGUGGAUCGAAGCCGAAGAUCAAUCAAGAGGCUCCAAAAGGAAAGCCACCGAGCAAUUCUCCAGCGAAGAUCCAAAUGACGAUGGUGGCGAAGAAGGCAAAGACGACGAAGACAAAGCAUUCACCUCAACAAGAACGACGAAAAGGACGAUAAAGAAUGGCGAGAAAUGGAGGAGAGCGAAGGAUGAGGAGAGUAGUAAUUUGAAGGAAAUAUUGAAGAUUUUUGUGAAGAGAGAGAUGGAAAUGGAGAGGCAAUGGAGGGAAGCAUUUAGGGUUAGAGAUGAGGAGAGAAGGUUGAAGGAGAUGGAAUGGAGGAUGAAUAUGGAAGCCCUAGAGAGAGAGAGGAUGAUGAUGGAGAUGAUUUGGAGAGAGAAAGAGGACGAGAGAAGAGAGAGAGAGGAAGCUAGGGCUCAGAACAGAGAUGCAUUGAUCUCAGCUUUGUUCAACAGGCUCGUAAGAUAAUUUAAUCAGGUUAAAGGUAUCUCGUUCAACCUCUCAUAUCAACAUAUUAAUUUUAAAAUUAUAUUUAACUUCUCUUGAGGGAUUAAUUAACCAUAAAGAAGGUUAAUUUAAGAAUAGGUUGAGGGUGUGAAUUCGAAUUUCUAUUGGUUGAUGAUUAUAUGUCUUAAUUAGUUGAGCUAUCAAGUUUGCACAUGUC